CGCGUUCCGGAAUCUCGCGCUGCAUCUCGCGCGCUCGCGCAACGGCUCUCACGAGUGAAACCCCCAUGAAGGUAUACCAACCGACGAUCCGAUUUGGGUACGCGCGUAUCAUACCGUAAGAUUGGAUUGGUCUGGUUGGAGGGGGGUCUCGCGGUUCAGCAGCAGCAGCAGCAGCAGCAGCAGCAGCAGUUCCUCCGCUCCAAGAUGCAGAAUUAGAAUGCAGAGCAAGAGCAGAGCAAACUGAGUAAACGCUGAGCUGCUCCAUUGUCAGCGUCUUCUUUUCUUUUCGGUUUGCCGUCCGUCCGGUUUUGUUUAGCGGUUUGUGGGACCGUUUUUCGUUCAUAUUCCGAGCCUUCCGCGCUCGAUUAUUGGUGGUUGGAUCGAGUUGAUCGAGUUGAUCCUUGGUUUGCGCGUGCUGUUUGCGUUCCGGCAAUGUUCAUCUCGCUAGCCGCUCGACAGCGCUCGUUACCUUGGCGCAUUCUGCAUCGAGCAAAGCAUUGCUACCGCUACCACUCGUCGACCGCGUAUGGCAAGCCGUUCGAGGAGAUACCGGGACCGGCCCGGAUUCCACUGAUAGGUCGACUGAACGACAUUCUGCAGCUAGGCAAACCGGCGGAGCUACACCUGCGCAUCUCGCGAUACCACAAACAGCAUGGCGAUCUGUUCCGGCUGCGGAUAGGCGUGCAGAAUGCGGUGUUUACGCGCGAUCCCGAGCUGAUGCGGCGAACGUUUCAGCUCGAGGGCCCAUACCCCCGCCAUCCGUUGCCCGAGUCGUGGACGUACUUCAACCAGAAGUACAACUACCAGCGCGGUAUGCUAUUCAUGGAUGGCAACGAGUGGCUGCAGGCACGGAAGCUCUUUAACAAACCCCUCCUGAAGGACGCCACCUGGAUGGAAGCACCGAUACGGCGCGUCUGCGGGCAGAAGGUCGCGGAGAUCAGGGCGAUCACGGAUCGUCGCCGAUCGUUCGGUGCCUUCGAGAACCUCGAGCAGUUCCUGUACCGGUGGUCGGUCGAAGUGGUGCUGAGCCUGAUGCUAGGACGAUCGUUCGCUCGCUGCCAGCAGUCGGCCGAGUUUGGUGCGCUGGUGUCCCAGUUCGCCGGCGUCGUGUACGAAAUCUUUCGGUGUAGCUCGGAGCUGAUGAACGUACCGCCGGCCCUCGCCGAUCGCAUGAAUCUGGUGCCGUGGCAGCAGUUCGAACAGGUGGUACCGAAAACGAUCGGUCUAGCUUCUUCGAUCAUCGAAUUUGGCAUGCGGCACACGGAGCUGGAGGAUGGUUUGCUGCACGAGCUGCACGGUCAGAUCGACGAGGAGCUGCUGAGGCGCAUCUUUGUCGAUUUCAUCAUAGCAGCCGGUGACACGACGUCGUUUGCAACCGUCUGGGCCCUGUAUUCGCUAGCCGCUAAUCCGGACGUGCAGGGAGCGGUACGCCGCAGCAUCGAAGAGACGGCGGGCGGGCUCAGCUCGGCCGCCGUCAAUGGGGUGGUGCGGGAAACGCUGCGCCUGUACCCGAUCGCACCGUUCGUCGGGCGGUUCGCUGAGGCGGACGCUUCGUUCGGUGGUUACCAUCUACCCAAAGAUACGCUGGUGCUGCUGUCGCUCUACAGUGCCGGGCGGGAUGCCCGAUUCUUUAGCGCACCGGACGAGUUCAACCCGUACCGGUGGCAGCGUUCCAGUGGCAGCGAACCGUCGGCGGCGUCGCCGGCGACACCGAUGGCUACACCGUCAGCCUCGCUACCAUUCGCCAUUGGCGUACGGUCCUGUGUUGGCCGGAAGAUUGCGCUACUCCAGAUGGAGUACCUGUUGUCACUGCUGCUGAAGGAGUUCGAGCUGGAGCUGGACGGGCAGCAUCCACCGGUGCGACCGAUCCUGAAGCUCAUCACCGUACCGGACCACCCGGUCCGCAUUGUCUUCAAGCCUCUCCAGCGGGAGUCGGUAUAACAUCGA